GUUAACCACACGACUAAGCGAUCUGGAAUACGCCGACGAUAUUUGCCUGUUAAAACAAAGGUUCCAAGAUUCUCAUCAGAGCGGUAUAUACCACUGCUCAAUAUUAGUAAAACCAAAUCCAUGAGAGUAAAUGCAAGAGACAACACACUAUUUACUAUUAACAUCAUACAGAUCGAAAAUGUGGAAAACUUUAUGUAUCUUGGAAAUGUCAUAACAAAAAGCAGAGGUGCAGAGGAUGAUAUUUGUAUGAGUAUACGAAAAGCUCAACAAUCAUUCAGCAUGCUCAACCCUUUUUGGAGAUCUGGCGAGUAUACUACAAGUACAAAGAUCCGCAUAUUCCAGUCAAAUGUCAUGUCUGUUCUACUCUACGGAUGUGAAACCUGGAAAGUGGCAAAAACCCUUACAGAUAAACUACAGGUCUUUAUUUAUAAAUUUCUACGACGAAGUGUUCGUAUUUUAUGGCCUAACAUCAUUAGAAACGAAGAUCUACUACACCUGACCGAUCAAAAAGAAUAGAACAUCAAAUAAAGUCCAGAAAGUGGGGUUGGAUUGGUCACACACUUAGAAAAAAUAAUUCCAGUAUUGAAAAGAUUGCCCUAGAGCGGAAUCCUCAAGGAAGAUGAAAAAGAGGUCGCCCAGUAUAAACUUGGAGAAGAUCCAUCAUGGGCGAGAUAAGAGGUCAAGGAAAGUCUUGGAAUGA